AUGAUGAUUGAUGACAGUGUUACAAGGGUAAAAAUGAAAUUCUGGGAUUGGUAUCUGAAAAUUGCAGUUGUUUCGGCCAUGAUUGGAGGUUCCAUGGAGUUUUUCAUGAUUAAGACUGGAUUUUAUGAUAAGGUGACUGUUCUAGAAGCGGAGAAGAGAGCGUGGGAGAAUUCUCCUGAAGCCAAGGCUGUCAGAGACGCUCUUAAUCCAUGGAGACAUCAGGACGCAGAAGCAAGAAAGGAUUCUUAGUUCUGUCACUUUUGUUAGAGAAUUAUAAGGCAACUCAGGAAUUGGCUUUGAAGGAAAAUUGCCCUGACAUACUGCUUUUUUGAUCUUGCUCCUAUUGAUAUUUCUCAUGGAUGUUUGUUGAAGAGAGUGUUACAACUUAAAACUGAUUGUUUCUCCUGCUCACUUAGCAUGUAAUGAACAAGUUCUAUAAAGGCAAUUUGGCAUAUAUCAAAUUGUAAAACUUGUGGAACCCUACUUCUUGUUUUCCUUGCUCUCUCAAGAUUUGUACUUUCCUUUCCUGGA